CUCGUUGCGACGGUGGAUCCUCUCAAUGCUGUCUGCGCGCAUUUAUGUGAUCCUCGCAACAUCCAUUCAAUUCCGGUUCAGUUCACAAUGGGUUUUUGUCCUACCGAACCUGCUGUGUUUGCUCGGAAGGUUCUCACUUCAGACGGCUUGUCAACCGCCCGGAGGCUCCACACCCUACUCAACCAACUGGACUUUGUGUCCUGCUAGCUGACAGUGACAACUCCUGGGCGGCAUCUCCACAUAACUUUCGCAUUUUCGGAGGGCAAAUCUCUCUAAUGACAGAUUAACAUUACUGGUGCAUACGUGUGCCCCUUACAGCUAUGCGGCUUUGCGUCCGCAGUCUCGUACCUUUUGCUGUUCCCCAAUUUCCCAAAAACUUGAUUUUCUCAAAAUUUGAAGGGUACUUCAGUCUUGCAUUUAAUCCUGGCAGGAGCAGUGAGGUCCUCGCCAUGUUGGAAUUCGUCACACUGUGUCUCUCGGACGAACCUUUCAAGAAACCCAGAUAUUGCUGCGCUCUUUACGUUUCUAACCUCGGAUCACCCGCACCACCGCCAAAUUCUAAGAGGCGCAUCCCUCUUCCUUCCGAUGCCGCAAAAGUCUGUUCUAAGAAGAAUGUUUAUAUUAAAACAACAACGCCACAUCAUUUGAAAAGUGCCAACGUACUGAAUCUGUACCCUUGCGGCGGGAUGAAUCGAUCGUUUGCUGGAUUUACCCCAACUUCGAAGCCCCUUCACAUAACCAUCUCGCUAUUUGUUAGGGAACGUGUCUACAUCCAAAGUGCUCUCAGAGCAUUCGGAUCAGCCGAGUGACGCGCUCUUUUCGGUGCUCCCCUCUAGUAUCGUGUGGCUUUAAGUCGUGACUGGACACGCAGGUCGUUCCUCCCCCAACCACAUUGGUGGUCGAGACAAGAGAGCCUGGAAAGACCGACGCGGGACACGUUUACUUCACAAAUGCUAGGUGCUCCACUUCUCUUAAGUGUUCAAGUCGCCUCUGUUGUAUGUGGCCUGACGGAAACAGGCUUAUUCGCCUGUCUCGAAAAAUCUAUGGACGCAAGUGCAUAACAUACUGGAGGCUUGAGCUACCAACACGAUGCUCAGUCCCCGCCAUCCCCAACCCACCCACAACCUCC